AUGUGCCUGGAGGAAGCGCUUGAUCUGGGUGACGUAGAUGUGGAUAAAGAGCAGCGACAGCCGACAGGCCUAGCCUCGCGGCGCCGAUGGCGUAGGUCGGCGACCUGCCUGACGGCGUUGUCCUCCAGCAUGAACACUGCGGAGGCCGCGGUCAUGAAGGAUGUCGCUACUGUCACCAGCCCCGGCCGAGUCCAGGGUGGGCGUUCGGGGUUUAUCGUCGAGGAGGCCGACGUCGUCCGUGUACAAGAGAUCGCGGUAGAGUUCGACUUCUGCGAGGAGAUCGAUGACGACGUCUGCGCAGAGAUCGUGGAAGAGGCCGACGUCGUCCGCGUUCGACGUGCGCUCGGAGAUCGUGGAGGAAGGGAAAGAACAUGA